ACUUCCCCGAGAAAGCCUGGAAGCAGAGGAGUGGCAGGGUCAGACGGGCUCUGGAGAAGCAGGGAUGCAGAACAGGGGUAGUCUAAUCCUCUGUUCCCUCUCCCUCCUUGUAGGCUUUCUGAUGAUCUGCUUGGGGGGCUACUUCAUCUCCAACUCUGUCAUCCACUCUCAGCGGAAUCUGGUCAUGGCCUAUGUGCUUCUGCCUAUGGGGUUUGCGAUCCUCCUGAGUGGAAUUUUCUGGGCCACUUACCGCCAAGCAAAUGAAAACAAAGAGAUGUUCAACCGUGUGCUGAGACAGCACCUUGCAUCCCAGGACUUGCCCCUGGCCACAGUCGACAGGCCCGACUUUUAUCCCCCGACUUAUGAAGAAAGCCUGGAUGCUGAGAAACAGGCCUGCCCUGCAGGCAGAGGCCUCCUGGGAUUUCCUCCUCCUCUGUAUUCAGCAACAAACCUGGACCUUGAAGAUGAGGAUGACCCGCGACCUGAGGCCCCACCACCCUACCAGGAGUGCAUGGCAGAUGCAGUAGUGCCAGCAAAGGCACAGGAUGACGAGGGACCAAGCACAGUGCCAAGGGCAGGGCCUGCUCUCCAGCCCUCUGAACUCACCAGCUGCUGAGGGGACGGACAGGCUGGCCAGGGACUGGGAAGCAGCUCUGCCGCCCUGCAUUAGAGCAAGUCCACCGUGGGUUCAAGGGACUCGCGUUCAGCCUUGCCAAGGCAGUAUGGGAUCCUUGAGGGACAUAGCCACCAGCAGGAAGCUGGUGUAGAGAAUUCCCACUAAGCCCAACCCAGGUGAACCUUAGACUGAAGAGAAGGUAGAAGGCCAGGCUCCCUUCUAACCCCGUGAUCUCAACUCAAGCCUGGAGGGGCCCUUGCUGUGGGUGGGGCUGCAACAGCCCUUCACAAACCGUGUCAAAAGAGUCUCAAAGGGAAGAUGCCUGGGAGGCCACAUUGGAGUCACCCACUGACUGUGCUACCCGAGAGACACCACAGCUCACACAUAUCAUGGGAGGGGCCCUAGGAACCAAGAAACGUCAUUUUGUAUAGUUUUAUUUGAAUUAUCUAUGUUUUCUUUCUGUGUGAAAGGGAAGAGACCGCAAUAUUUGCUUUCAAAUGGUUUGAACACAAAGUGUAGAGUUAUCUCUUAAAGAGGUUCUCAUAUAGACACAUAGGGGUUCUUACAGAUUCGAGCUGACUAGAUAGAAUACUUAAUUCAUGAUCCAGGGAGUCAAGGGUGAUUGAUGCUAAUCCACAACUUAUCACAAAGCUCGAGAAGUUUAAAAAAUGUUUAUAGGCAGUUUUCCAAUAUGCCCCCCCCCCCUUCAAAUUCAGAAUGUCAGAGAUUAAAAACUGUAAGGCCAUGUUUCCACUACCAAGGAUGAUUUCUGUGUUUCAAGAUAGAGAACUAGACUUCUAGACUUAAAAAAAAGCAGUGGUCCCUCCUUGACUUUAAUUUCUUUGGGGGAGUU